GGGAUUCUACUAGUAAUUUAUUGGAAUUCGAGUUUAUAUAUUUCCCCAUACGGGAACAAUAAAUUUCAACCUUUAAAAAUGGAUUCAUCCAAUGAACAGAGGAAGGACUGGCACGACUAUAAGGCAAUGGAGCGAGAUGCCAAGCGUGAGGGCGUUGGUGAGAACGGCACGCGCGCUAAGCUGGAUGGUUCGACUCGAGAUUUGGAAAACAAACUGUUUGCGAAAAAUAUAUUUAAUGCGCUUCUCUCCGAUUAUAUAUCGGUGAAUCGUUCGGUGCCCGAUAUAAGGCCUAAGGAAUGCAAAAAGAAGCUAUACCUUAAAAAGCUGCCACUAGUGAGCAUCAUUAUAUGUUUUUUCAAUGAGCACAGAAGCGUUCUCCUCCGGUCUGUCCAUAGCUUAGUAAAUCGCACGCCCCCCGAGCUACUUAAGGAGAUAAUUCUUGUGGACGACUUCAGCGAUCUUGAAGCUCUGCACGAAUCAUUGGAUGAGUACGUAGCCCUACACUUUAAGAAGGUACGAGUUUUGCGCCUCGCUCAACGAGCUGGCCUGAUUCGGGCACGCAUGGAAGGGGCACGUAAUGCUACCGCUGAGGUUUUAGUCUUUAUGGACUCUCAUGUCGAGGCCGGAUAUAAUUGGCUGCCACCACUCUUGGAACCGAUUGCCCUGAAUAAUAGGACAGUAAUUUGUCCUAUUAUUGAUAGAAUUUUUUACCAUACGUUCCGUUAUAAACGGGUUUUUGGCGUCCGCGGUGGUUUUAUGUGGGAUCUAUACUAUACAAAUGUGCCAAGACUACCCGAAGAUAUGAAGUUCCCAUGGAAACCAUUCAAAAACCCUAUGAUGAUGGGUGGAAUAUUCGCCAUAUUUUCGAAUUACUUUUGGGAACUGGGAGGCUACGAUGAGGGCCUCGAUAUUUAUGGAGGUGAACAGUUCGAGUUAAGUUUUAAGAUUUGGAUGUGUGGAGGCGAAAUAUAUGAUGCACCGUGUUCUCGUGUGGGACACAUCCAACGGGUUCCCCAUUUGCAUCUGUAUAAGCGGAACAACUCACCGAGCUCUCAAAAGGACUUUUUACAUAAGAACUAUAAACGUGUGGCUGAAGUAUGGAUGGAUGAUUACAAGAAGUAUUUGUAUCAGCGAAACAAAACAGUAUAUGACAGAAUUGAUCCCGGUGAUCUCACCAAACAGAGAGCAUUGCGAUCUAAAUUAAAAUGCAAUUCCUUCAGGUGGUACUUGCAUAAUGUGGCUUUCGAUGUUGUUAAUAGAUACCCCCCUAUUGAGCCGCCCGAUUAUGCUCAUGGUGUCAUACAAAAUCUUGGAAAUCCAAAAUUGUGCGUUUUUAGCGUGGACUUCCGCACAAAGCCUGUUGGCCUUAAUAACUGUGAUGGGAACUUGGAGCAUCCACAUUAUUCACAAUAUUGGAAACUUACCUGGCAUCGGGAUUUGCGCUUGAGAGAGCCAAGCUAUUAA